AUGCCGCCCACAGGGUCAGGCCCAAGUACUCCCGAGAGGAGGCGGCACUUUGAGAAGAGUGACGGGGAGAUCCCCAGCUCCUUUGAGCAGCGCGUCCAUGUUAUGCUGCACCGGAUCGGGGUCACCAAAGUCCUGUCGUCCGAGGGGAAGAAGAAGCAGCCGUGUUGGGGCUCGGAGAGGAAGCUCUUCCCAGAGCCUGGCCCUUCCCAGCAGGGAAUCCCGGGAAGCCUGCUGGGCAAGCUUCAGCCUCCGGUUAGCAGCAUCAGCAGUUCCAGGCGCCCUCGUGCGGGAGGGGACGUUUUAGCAGGAGGUUCUGCCCGUGAUGGGGUUUUCUUUCCGUUUGUUUUGCAGAGUAAAGAAGGAGAGAUCAAAAAAGCUGGUUCAGAUGGAGACAUCAUGGACAGCUCGGCGGGCUCCCCUCCCCUCGUCUUGAAAUCUCGCACACACUCCAUGUCCACAGACCCGUCUGCGCGAAGCGGCCCUGCCGACACAGCGGGCCGAGCUGCGGCCGAGCCCAGCCGCGGGCCCAGCGACGUGCGGCGCUCCUGGAAGGCCCUGGGGAAGCAGCUGAAUGCCGAGCUCAAGGGCAAGUGUUCUGAACUCCAUUCUUCCCCCAGGCGCUCCUUUGUCCUUCAAGAGCAGAGCAGCCCCCCGGAGCAGCAGGUCCGAGAGAGCUGGAGCAGCAGCUUGCCCAGGACCGGGAGGGUCACGCCUGCCCCUGCCCCAAGGAGAAUCAGCAACGCAGGCGCUAGCAGGGACAGCGUCGAUGCAAUCGCUGCAGCUGGUCCCUGGCUGACUUGUGACUGGGCCCCACAGUGGGUCUGUGGCCCGUCCUGCUCUGCUUUCAGCCAGUGCUUCCCGCAGGCAGACAACUGCCUGAAACCCAAGCCUCGUUUGAAAAACGUGGCCACCAGGCGCGCCAUUUCCGUUCACGAAGAACAGCUCAGGGAGCAGGGCUGCACGGCCGCUCUGGAGAGUGUAAAAAUCCCCCUGCGCCUGCAGCGCUCGCCAGUCCUGAAACGGAAGCCUAAGCCCAACUCUAUGGUGGAUGUGGCGGGGAGCAGCACGGCCAGUGCCCCGGCAGCAUUGCAGGACACUCUGCCACAGGACGAGCACAGGGCCACAGCCGAACUGCAGGGGGAGCAACCGCAAGCCGUGGAACAACCGGUUGAAAAUGCACAGAACAGCCACACACCAAAGAGCAGCAGCUCCAGGCCUGCCAGCAGCCCCCCAGGGACAAUGAGUUAGUGAGGGCUGCGGCCCGCUGUCAUUUCCAAUAAAACACUGCGACCAAGUGCAAGCUGAAGGGUUAUGAUUUGCAACAGAAGCUCAAGCACCUGUGCAGUGUAGGGCACCAUGGUGCAAGCAGCGGGGAGAUGGGGGAGGAGGCCCCCAGCUUGCUCCCCCUCCCUUCGCUGCUCCCAGGUGUAGAACAUCAGUGCUUCCUAUGGAAACGGGGACAGACCGGAGCCUGGCCCCACUGGGAGGCUGCUAACACUUCCUGAACGAUCUACGAGAGGACCCCCCCUUCCAGCUCCCACUACCCUCUGCUAGUCUCAUACUGCGCACAGCUGGCUUUACACAAGCUCCAGCUGGCUAAAACCGAGAUGCCAGAAGCCAGUAGCUGAGUUUGCCACCAGCCUAAGCUU